CAUAAACUGUUGGGAACCUUUUGAGCUCCUCGGCUGCGCACGCACCUGCUUCGUCACUGCUCAUUCUAAAAGGCAUGAAGUGAUGUAAGUAGAUGGAUACCUCAACAGUCUCCAAAGAGACAUGCUGAGAUACGCGCUGGGCGCGUGUUUGUCUGUUUUAGUGGCAGUGCUGUUUUUUCCUCCUGACUGGUCCGGUGGUUGGGGAGGGGAAUCACAGAAGGUGGCCCCGGCGCGGCUCCUGAGCAGGAGUGACCUGUCUCUGUACGACGGAGAAAAGGGCAGCAGGGGCCUGUACUUGGCCAUUCUGGGCCAGGUUUUUGAUGUACACAAAGGACACAAGCAUUAUGGACCCGGGGGUGGUUAUCACUUUAUGGCAGGGAAAGAUUCCUCCUUGGCUUUUAUCACAGGAGAUUUCACAGAAAGUGGCCUGACGGAUGACGUCUCCAGUUUGUCUCCGCUGGAGGUGGUGGCCCUUUAUGACUGGAUGGAUUUUUAUCACAAAGAAUACCAGCAUGUUGGGUUGGUAGUGGGACGGUUCUACGAUGAGACUGGACAGCCCACAGCGGCCCUGCUGGAGGUCGAAGCCUCACUAGCAGAGGGCCAGAAACUGAAGGCCCAAUCAGAAGCCGAGAAGAUUCUCUUUCCUCCUUGCAACGCCGAGUGGAGCUCUAGUACGGGCAAAAGAGUCUGGUGCUCUACUAAAAGCGGUGGAGUGAAAAGAGACUGGACUGGCGUACCACGAAAGUUCUUCUCCCCAGGUUCUGGUCAUACACGGUGCAUCUGUGUCAAAGAUCCAUCUGCAGCAGCAGAUCAUCCCAGCAUGCAGAAAUAUGACGGCUGCCCUUCAGAUGCCGAGUCAUGCAUGGUGGGAGACGACUAAGAACAAUGGGCCCAAUUCACUCACAAUUACAACAAACCUAUGUAGAUGUAUAUCAAACAGAAUAAAGACAUUUUACUGCA